AGGCGGUUCAGUCUCUCUCUCUGUAGCUUAAAGUGAAACGGGGGCGAAAACCCGAUGAGGGUGAAGAAAACACUUCUGCAUGUGUGGAUUAACGGUGGGAACAUUUAUACUUCGUGUAGAAAAACUGCGAGGAGUCCGACCGCGCCAGACCCCAGCCCUUGCCGAGAAACGGUCGUUGACUGUCAGGACUCAAUACUCCAGAAUGGACAGCGUGUGCAUCCCAGCUCCGCCCACAUCCUGUGCUUAGAGGAAGUUGUGUAAUCAGCAUGUCCUCUCACCCGCAGCCGGUGCCACAGAGCCGUAGGGCUGUGGACGCUCGCCACCUGCCAAACCCUGCCGGCCUCCCCAUGCAGCUGGCCCGCACACACACGGAUGUUGGCAUGGUGGACUUCCACCCACGGGACUACACCCACCUGGCCCAUGGAGCCCUGGCCCAGCCCCACCGCCGCAGGCCGUCGUUGCUAUCGGAGUUCCAGCCAGGGAGCGAGAGAGCUCAAGAGCCUCACGUCCGGUAUGAGCACAUUUACCUGCAGGAGCCCAGCAGCCAAUCCGAGGUGGAGUAUUCUGAGAUUAAACGCCCUCGUCUGGAAAUAGGGGCGGAGCCAAUGAUGCGCCAUCCGUCUCACCGCCCGCCUCUUUCACUGGGCGCAGCUGAAGACAUAACUAAGGAGCGUAGCAGCAGCAGCUCGAUGGGGAAGAUCGAGCCGAUCUCUCCGGUCAGCCCGGCGACCGUGGACCCCGACCUGGACCUGGUGCCCACACGCUUCUCCAAGGAAGAGCUCAUCCAGAACAUGGACCGUGUGGACCGGGAGAUCACCAUGGUGGAGCAGCAGAUCUGCAAACUAAGGAAGAAACAGCAACAGCUGGAAGAAGAGGCAGCAAAGCCGCAGGAGCCGGAGCGAAGUAUUUCUCCUCCUCCAAGUGAGGCCAAACACCGCAGCCUUGUGCAGAUCAUCUAUGACGAGAACAGGAAAAAAGCGGAGGAGGCACACCGCAUCCUGGAGGGACUCGGACCCCGAGUGGAGCUGCCUCUCUAUAACCAGCCAUCAGAUACGAAGCAGUACCAUGAGAACAUCAAAAUAAAUCAGGUGAUGAGGAAGAAGCUUAUUCUGUACUUCAAAAGGAGAAAUCAUGCUCGCAAACAAUGGGAGCAGAAGUUUUGUCAGCGCUAUGAUCAGCUGAUGGAAGCGUGGGAGAAGAAGGUGGAGCGUAUAGAGAACAACCCUCGCCGCAGAGCCAAAGAGAGCAAGGUCCGAGAGUACUACGAGAAACAGUUCCCCGAGAUUCGCAAGCAGAGGGAGCUGCAGGAGCGCAUGCAGAACCGAGUGGGCCAGCGAGGAGGUUUGGCUUCUGCUGCUCGAAGUGAACAUGAAGUGUCUGAGAUUAUAGACGGCAUUUCAGAGCAAGAGAACUCAGAGAAGCAGAUGCGUCAGCUGGCAGUGAUUCCUCCGAUGCUGUUUGAUGCGGAGCAGCAGAGGAUAAAGUUCAUUAACAUGAAUGGUCUGAUGGAUGACCCAAUGAAGAUUUACAAAGACAGACAGGUCAUGAACAUGUGGAGCGACCAGGAGAAGGACACUUUCCGGGAGAAAUUUAUCCAGCACCCAAAGAACUUUGGCCUGAUUGCCUCGUUUCUGGAGAGAAAGACUGUAGCUGAGUGUGUCCUCUUCUACUACCUGACAAAGAAGAACGAGAACUACAAGAACAUUGUCCGCAGGAGCUACCGCCGCAGAGGCCGCAGCCAGCAUAACCAGCAGCAGCAGCAGCAGCAGCAGCAGCAGCAGCAACAGCAGCAACAACAGCAACAGCAGCAGCAACAGGUGAAUCGCAACCACCAGGAGGAGAAGGAGGACAAGGAGAAAGAGAAGGAGGGAGAACGAGACGAGGACAAAACAGAGGGAGAAGACAAAGAGGAUGGAAUGAAAGAUGACACAUCCGGAGAGGAUGGUGAAGAUAAAGAGCCGCCGGUAGCCGUUAAAGGACGGCGCACGGCCAACAGCCGUGGACACCGCAAAGGCAGGAUCACCCGCUCUAUGGCCAAUGAGCAGGAGGAAACCAGCUCACCUCCACUCACCAGUGAACUGGCAAAUCUGGAGAUGAAUGAAAGCUCCCGCUGGACAGAAGAGGAGAUGGAGACGGCCAAGAAAGGACUCCUCCAGUAUGGCCGCAACUGGUCCUCCAUCGCCAAGAUGGUGGGCUCCAAAACAGUGUCCCAGUGCAAGAAUUUCUACUUCAACUACAAGAAGAGGCAAAAACUGGACGAGAUCCUGCAGCAGCAUAAAAUGAAAUCGGAGCAGGAGCGUAAGGCCCGGCGUAAAGGAAAAGCUCAGCAGAGUGAAGAGACCACCGCUCCAUCUGCUGCUGAUGAAGAAGAGAUGGAGGGAUCUGGAGUCAGUGGCAAUGAAGAAGAGGCUCAGGAGGAUGGAGAAGGAGGCCCCAACAACAGCUCAGACACGGAGAGCCUGCCCUCCCCUCGCUCCUCAGAAGACAGCAAGGUGAAGGAGGAGAGCGCGUCCCGCUCCAAACCGUCAUCGUCGUCAUCCUCCUCAGAGAAGGAGGCGGUGGCUCAAGAGCAGCUGGAAGAGAAACCCCCAAUCAAGAUGGAGCAGGGCGGAGUGAAGGAGGAGGCGCAGGCGGAGGGAGGAGAGGGAGCGAGGGAGGUACAGGUAGAGAUGGAGGACAAGAAGCCCCCCAUGCUGGAGCCGGAAGAAGGAAAGAGAGAGGGGAGGAAGAGAGAGCAUGGAGGGAAGAAUGCAGGGCAGGACAGCGACUCCAGCGCCACCUGCAGUGCUGAUGAGGUGGAGGAGCCGGAGAGCAUGGAGAAGAACAGAAUGAUGUCUCCUAGACCCAGUCUUCUGAGUUAUGCCCAUGAUGGAGUGAUCUCCACUGCACUGCAGAAACCACUGGACCUCAAACAGCUCAAACAGAGAGCGGCUGCCAUACCUCCAAUAAUGCCUGAGGUUUCCUUAGCAGGUGGUGGUGUACUGGGGAAGCAGCAGGCUCUUCCUGACGCUCUGGCACUUUAUGAGCAGCAGAUCACUAUGGCUCACGAGUCCUCACAGGAGGCCAAGCAGCAGCAGCAGCCAAUGAAAUCACAGCAUUACCCCGGGGGUGGCGGUGAGGCCAGCAGCCCGCGGGUCCGGGUCAGAAGCCCCACUCCAUCUGAACGAGAGAAAGAAGAGCUGGCGGGGAAGGAAAGAUGGCUACAGACUCUACUGCAUGGAUUAUAUAAGCCCCGGGCAUUCUCUCCCCUCGCUGACGUUAAGAAGACUCCGGAAGACCUCAGAGUCAUGGGCUUGGCCCGACCCGUGAUAUCACCAUUCCAGCUGUCUCCCAGAGACAUGGCCAAACUGAGCCACGAACAGCUCCUUCACUACAACUCCACUCUCCAGCAGCAGGAGAGGUUGAGCGCUGUGCGGCCCCUCCACAUCCCUGAUCCUCCUCCUCUCAUCUCCUCAGCCAAACCUGGUGGCUCCAUCACACAGGGUACUCCAGUACAGAUGCACAGUCCAGCUCACGGCUCAGAGCACACAAAGCUUUCUGGACCAGGGUCUCUGCCUCUGCCCUGGAUGGAGCCCAGGAAGAUAGGUGGGUUGCCCAUGGUGAAGCAGGAGCAGCUCUCUCCUCGUGGUCCUUCCUCUCAGGCUGAGAAUCUCUCCAGCGCGGCUGCUGCCCACGACAGUCUCACUGCUCGAGGGCCCAUGCCAGCUGUACAAGGAGGUAGCAUCACUAAAGGCCUCCCAGGCACACGUGUGCACCAAGAACCGCCCAUGUCAUACCGUGGUGGUUCCAUCACUCAGGGCACCCCAGCAGACGUGCUGUAUAAGGGCACCAUCACUCGGCUGAUCACUGAGGACAGCCCCAGCAGGGACAGAGCCAGAGAAGAAAACCCAGCCAAGGGACAUGUGGUGUAUGAGGGCAUCAGUGGACACAUUCUCUCCUAUGACCGGACUCCAAACCCUAAAGAGGAGGGUAGAGGGGAGGUGUUGGGACUUAAACGGCCAUAUGACGUCAUGGAAGGGGGCAUCUCUCGAGUGCUGCCGCUGCGGGACUCCCUGUCCACUGCUGAGGGUUUGAUAGGCAGAGCAAUGCCUCAAGAGAGGGAGAGUCCUCAUCCUCAUCAUAUUCGUGGUUCCAUCUCACAGGGUAUUCCUCGUCAUGUGGAGGCCCAGGAUGAGUAUUUGCGGAGGGAGGCAAAGCAGCUGAAGCGUGACUCGCCGUCCCCCCGUGGCCCUGCCCUUGGCUCUGACUCUCUUAAGGGCCGACCACACGAGAGUAUCGUGCCCACUGUUAAAGAAGGGGGCCGAUCCAUUCAUCUCAUACCACCCGAGGGCGUGAUGAUGAGCAAACCACCCAAAGAGGGCUCAAUCACACAGGGUACUCCUCUCAAACAGGAGCCGGCGGGUUCCUCUAAGCGUCAUGACGUUCGCUCCAUCAUAGCCAGUUCCCCACGGCCUUACUCAGGGCUGCCCCCACACAUGGAUUUGCGACCUGAGCACCGAGGGUCUGAGCGUGGACGCUACGAGGAUCCAGGGCCCAAAUCCCGGCCCAGCGCAGUAGUCAGCACCUCCAGCUCUAUGGCCCGGGCCUCUCCACUGUCCCUGGCAGGAGAACAGGGAGGAAAAGCCCACCACAGUCCUGUGGGUUAUGAUGAGCGCACACGGUCCAGUUACACCUCAGCCUCACACAGAGGAUCACCUCUGUCCAGCAGAGACACCCCCCAGCGGCCACACGAAGGUUCUGCUAAAGUUCCUCAGCAGGAGAGGAAGUCAACACCCACUCCUCGUGAGGUGAGCUCCACUAAGUCUCCCCUGACCGGCGUGGCUGAACACCCUGCCUCUCUUGCCUCAUAUGAGCGGCUGCUGCAGGGUUUGGGAGCAGAUAUGUACCGCGGCCAGAUCCCUCUUCCCUUCGAUCCUGCCACCCUACCUCGGGGCAUCCCCAUAGACCCAGCUGCAUACUACCUGCCUCGGCACCUUGCCCCAACCCCAGGUUACCCUCAUCCUUACCCCCCUUACCUGAUCCGGGGCUUCCCUGACACGGCAGCUUUGGAGAACAGACACACACUCUUCACCGACUACAUCACCUCGCAGCAGAUGCACCAGUGGCCGGCAGCCAUGGCUCAAAGACCAGACCUGUUGAGAGGACUGGCACCGCGAGACCAGCCACUCACUUUACCAUACUCACCCACACCAAGAGGAGCAUCUGCAUCUCCUAUGGACCGGAUUACAUACAUCCCAGGAACCUCCACCACCUUCCCCAGCCGAGCGUACACCUCCUCCCCCAUCUCACCAGUUGGAAGCUCUCACAUAAGCAAGCUCCAGGGCACCCCAACGUCAUCUGAGCGAGAGCGUGAACGGGAGAGAGAGCGAGAGAGAGACCGAGAGAGGGAGAGAGACCGCGAAAGAGACCGGGAGAGGGAGCGGGAGAGAGAGAGAGAACGAGAGCGGGAUAGAGAGAGGGAGAGGGAGAGAGAGCGAGAAAGGGAGAGAGAGCGAGAUCGAGACAGAGACAGAGAGAAGUCUCUGAGCCACGGCAAUGUGGAGCAUGCCCCCAUAUGGAGACCAGGUGCAGCAGAGCAACCUGGCAGCAGCAGUUCCAGCUCACGUCCUCCCUCCCUCCCCUACAGUCACCAGGCAUCCCCUCUGAGCCCCCGUCCACAGGACAGCCUCCAGCAGAGGCCCAGCGUGCUGCACAACACCAGCUCCAAGAGCCUGUCCAGCUCAGAGCACUCCAGCUCCUCUGUACUGAGGUCUUUGCCUCAGGGCUCGUCCCGCUAUCCGAGCUACAGCGGGCACCUGCAGAGGGUCAGUGUGUCUGAGGCUUACUCAGUAGGGGGCCUGGACCCAGGUGGGGCAAAAGAGCCUGUCCGAGAGGGGUCCAAGAGCCAGGGCCGUGGAGCUCUGUCCAAACACCAGGACCUCUCCUCAUCCUUGUCCUCCUCCAAGUCCGAGCCCAAGUUGGCGAGCCCCGGUGCGCCCGGGGUCUACUCCUACGCCCCUGGCACCCACAUAGGGCGAGGGCUCCCCCUGCUGGCUUCCGAGAGCAGUGCCGGCUCCAGCAGCAGCGCGCCAAGUAGGGAAAAGACUCAAAACAAAGCGAUGUCGAUUCAGGAACACGAACUUCGCGCACUCGGUAAGACCACCAUGACAGCGGCCAACUUCAUAAACGCGAUUAUCAUGCGUCAAAUUUCUUGUGAUACGGGGAUGCCAGAGGCUGGUGCUCUCGGGGCCAACAGCGCCUGUGAUGCUCAGCAGAAGGCUUUGGAGCAGCAUGGAUUAUACGGACCCCCAGAGGACAGACUGUCCCCUAGUCAGCAGCCCCCAUCUCCCGCUGUUAAGGGAUCCCAGAGGGUGGUGACCCUCGCCCAGCACAUCAGUGAGGUCAUAAAGAAGGACUACAUGCGUCAGUCUCAGCAGGGUCAGUCCGGAGGUCAGCCAGCGCUGCAGCCUGUGUUUGGAUUCCACAACUCCCCAGUGCUGGAUCUCACUCGGCCCCCUAGUGCCCCCCAGGCCCAGACACCUUCUGAGCCUGGUGCCAAUGCCCGGUACACACCCGAGGGUCCUGCCAGUGAGAGAGAUAGGAUGAGGGACAGAUCUCCUCUUCAGAGUAAGGUGUCCCCAGUGAGUCUGUCUGCUGAAUGCAUUGAGCCAGUUUCUCCAGCAGGGGGCAUGUCUGAGCCAGAGUCACAAGGAGCUGCCUGUCCCACUGAACAAGCAGAACAGGGGUUGGGUUCUCGCUCUCCUGCCAGCAGCUCCCAGCCCCCAGCCUUCUUCAGCAAACUCACCGAGAGCAACUCUGCCAUCGUCAAGAGCAAGAAGGAGAUGAUCAAGAAGAUGGUGGUUGGCAGUGAGACUGAUUUCAACUCUGGGCAGCCUGGGACAGAAAUCUUCAACAUGCCAGCCUCCACCACUGCAGGGCCGGUCAGUGUGCGCAGUCACCCACCUCCAGAUCCCAGUGGAAACACCAUUGGCCUGGAGGCCAUCAUCCGCAAAGCCCUGAUGGGUAAAUAUGAUGAGCAGGCAGAUGAGCGCCCCCCCUGCAGCUCCGUUAACCAGCUGAGUGCCGGGGUGACCCCUGCUGCUGCUGCUGACCCUCGUGCUGAAGAGCCAUACUCAUUGCCUGGUAAAUCAAAGGGCAGUGGGCGUUCCAAUGGCCGUAAGACUAAGUCUCCAGGUCCUGGUCUGUCGGGAGGAGAGAGACCCUCCUCCGUGUCAUCCGUCCACUCAGAGGGAGACUGCAACCGCCGCACUCCGCUCACUAACAGAGUGUGGGAGGACAGACCCUCCUCUGCAGGCUCCACCCCAUUCCCCUGUAACCCAUUCACCAUGCAGAUGCGUCUGCCCAGUGGCAUGAUGCCCAGCCACUCCCCCUCACCCACACAGUCCGGAGCGAGCCAAAGGCCCUGGGAAGAAGAACCCAAACCGCUGCUGUGCUCUCAGUACGAGACGCUGUCCGACAGCGAGUGAGCUCAAAUGCACGGCCGUUUAAACAGGGACUGACAUUAACACGUUCAUUUUUUACUCGCUCGUGUAAACAGGGACGUUGAUAGAUGCACAUACAUUCACACGUACAUAUUCUCACGCAUAGUGAAACGCAGUCAUAGCCGUGCACACUUAACGAGAGCACAUACAGAUACGCCUACGUGCAAAUUAAUAUGCAUAAUAUCACCUCUAAGCGUUUUCAUUGAUCAUACACACACAUGCAUACUCACGUCCCUUGGUUCUUUUAAUACCUCUCCAAAACGCAGACACGUACAUACUCCAAAUGGACCCCCGUCACACAAUGCAGCAAGUGAAUGUGGCUUAUUAAAGGAAUGGUUUGAUGUAAAAUCUAAUUAGGCACAGUAUUUGACAUUUUAUGUCCCAGUUGUGCUUCUUUAAUUUCCCACUGGUGCUGCAAGGCUCUGUAGCUCACAAACACUAGAAGUCAAUAGACACCCAAAUGCUUUGUGUAAAUACAUCCUCAGACAUGCGCAGACUACGUUCAGGCCACUAAGGCCACCAGCGCAGCACGAAAAGAAACAUGGAACAAUGGAAAAUAUUUGGACGGAGUUUCUCACCACGUUCAUCUACGCUGUAAAGUUUUUCAUUUUCAUAGUUCACAAGUCAAACUGUGUCCUAAACCACAUCGGCAAGUCCGUAUAGCCUUAAUGAAGUUAAUGAACUGGAUGCAUUUAAAGAAAAGAUUUGGGUGACUAUUGACUUCCGAUGUUUACAGUAUUAGUCGUAUUGCUCCAGUGCUGAAGUAAAUAAACAAAAUUUGAUGCCAGACAUGUCUCGCCUGAUCAGCUACAUCUGGGUUAAGUGGAAAAACCAUGUAAAUUAGAUUGUGCAGCCAACUGUUCCUUGAUGCUGCGCUGCUGCAGAAGUGUGUGUACGUUUUAAUGUAUUUGUAAGCGUGUUAGUGUGUACAGUAUGUUUCCGCACGUUAGCAUGCGCCAUCACUCCAAGAUCGCUCGUAGGACAAAUCACUUUUCUUUAUUUCUCAUUGAAUUUCUCUUUUGUAGAUAACUGUUGUCUUUUUUGGCCUUAACGUUUUUUUUGUUUUUCCGACUCAUGGGCUCCCAUCGCGUUUAGCUCAUAUGUUUCAGAGUGUUCUCCACCCGAAUGCUCAGGAUAUUACACUUCCAUACCGUAGUCCAAUGGCAACACACACCUUCAGCUUUAUUUUUUAUAUGCACACAGAGGCUGUACUUUACUACUGUGUGGUAAACGUCACAAACACCAACCUUUUCACGUUCAUGUUCACGUUUUUCUCUCAUGCAUGUGAACGCGCGCACCCUCUUACACACUGUGGGGCAAAACUGCAGCUAUGCAUUUCUGUCUUAAAUCUCAGCUGCUGGUGGCGUCGCUUUGCACCCAUAUGGAGUCAGACUCUCGGAUUAGCCACUGCAACUUUACAGGAUGAGUAAGAGGCACAUUUUUGAGGUACAGUGGACCUGAAUGGGUGUGUUUGUGUAUGCGUUAAGCAUGAAUUCUUCAACAAGGAGAACAAAGGCAGCCUGUUUUCCUCAGUUAAUCUUUUCAGAUGUAAGGACAGGCUCGCCCAGCGUUCUAGAAACAGACGCUCAUGAACUCGACUGUGCAUAACAGUUUGUUUUUGAUUUUACUUCAUUGUUUGCUAUUUUUCACUUUUUCGGCUACUUUAGGGGGGAGUCUACAUGGGUGGGCCAUAUCAUUGGUUUACAGGGUACAUAUGCCAUGUAUUUUUGAUGUCAUCAUACCGUUUUUGUUGUUCUCUUUGCCUCUAGUCGACCAUUUACAGUUUUUAUCGAUUCUGUUUCUUGUUUGAUAGAUGUUGCAAAAGCUGAGACCUUUUGUUGUGUUAUCACUAAUUUUGUGUUUUUUGUUUUUUUCUAUAUGAACCAUAUUUGUACACAUAUUAGUGUUCUGUUUUUUUUUUUUUUUUUUAACGUUUCGGUUUAUUAAGCACUUGGCCAGCAAAUAGACCUUGUUGGCAUCCUUUAAAUGGACGCUGACUUAAAUACUUAAAUUAAUGCAACUUUUGUUGUUUUUUGUUUGUUUUUUGUUUGUUUUUUUUUUACACAGCAUUUACCUUUUUUGUUAUACAGUAUUGUUGUUUUUUUUUGGCAUGUCACCUAAAAAAAAAACAAAAAAGCAAACAAACAAACAAAAAAAUAAGUCCAGCGACAAUCAGACGGGAGAGGAGGAGGUCAACGAUGAUGCUGAGCUGGACACGUGGACGCCAUCGUAGAGGAAGCUGCUUAUUUCAGGUUGUCCCCACGGCGUCCUCACAAGGAAAAAAAUCCUCACAAACCUGAAGUUUGUCACACUUACACAAAGACUCAACUGAAUAAAAGCCAUGCUGUCUGGCCAGUCCAUGGACAGUUAGAGCUGCUCUUACGCCCUGGAUCAGUUUUGAAUGGUAUCUCUGUGUUUUAUGGUUUAAGGACACUCGAUGUGGGAUCAGUUUUCCUUUUUUUUUUUUUUUUUUUUAAAGUUGUUUUCACAGUUCUUACGAGGACCUCCAAUUUUAUCCUGAAGAACAUUCAGCCAACAGGGAAUGGACUUCUGUGGACGGCUGGCAUCGGAUAUUUCUUGCACCAAACUCAGCACCUCAUAUAACGACAUAGCGGAUCCCUUUCUGUCUACAGUGUAAACAGCUGGUAUGAAGUGCCAUUUGACACAUACAGUACUGAAGUUAAACUACCAAGUGUCUACGCACAAUCUCGUCAUCUUUUCCCCUUAAUUCAUUCACCCCCCCCCACCCCCCCAAUAAAGGAUACAAGACUAAUGAAAACGGCUCAGGCUUGAAAGAAGGAAACGCAGCCACCACUAAAAGUAAACCUUCUUGGAGAUACGGCUUUUACCACACUAACGUCCCAAAUCGGCAUCCGUUUGCCUGAUCAUCAAAUAGCAGUGAUGCUAUGAAUUGUUUUGCAUGCACAUUAGAUAUUAAGGAAUCCUUUUUUAUUACUGUUAUUAUUAUUAUUAUUAUUUGAAACUUAUCUGCUACGUUUAAGUGCAAAAGUUAUCCCUACUAGCACUGAUGAAAAAAAUGAUUCUUCACGUUUUUGGAGAAGCUGGAAUCGGUGGAAUUCCAGGCGGACAGAGAAGUUAAUAUCAGAUGCAGUCCUGUGAUGCGAUGCUUUUUGUUGUUGGUCAGUUGUAGUGCAUUAUCUAGUGUGGUUUUGUAAGUGGGGCUUAUCACAGGCUUGUUCACGCACAUUGCCCUGAAAUAGUGUCGAGGCUGCUAAGAUAUGAGCUACUUCUAUAACCUCCCUACAUUCUGCAGUCAGACUCUGUCACAUAUCCCCCCCAGCGGCACUGCGUGUUGUGGAAAAAAGCGUAAAAACGUAGGAUGUGUCUGUCUGAAGCUUGCAUUUCUCUCUUGACUUGUUGUCGACUGGCCAGUGAUACAAGGACAGUGUUUCACUGCGUUUUUUUCAGCGUUUUCUUUUUUCUUACCUACUAUAAAAGAAUCUGUAUAAAUUGCGGGAUGAUUACAUAAUUGGCAGCGAGCAACGGGAACGUGGCCCGUUCCUGCAAAGUGUUGAUUUUACGGCCCCUCAGUACUUUUAGGAUGGGUUUGGGGUGGGGGGUGGGGGGGUGGCAUCUAUUUUGUACAACAUCUUUUUUUUUUUUGUUUGUUUAAUUAUUAUUAAUAUUACAACCCACUGUAUUAUAGUGAGGAGUGUAAAUAGGCCUAAGAGGAUGUACAUAUUUAUGUGAUUUGCUGCAAGGUUGAUAUUCACAGAGAAACUGUUCACACUGUUGUAUUUCAACAUGGCCACCAGCAAGAUUUGUGGAUAGCAGUGUAAAAACGAAACAAACAGAAAAAAACAGACACUGCCUUAAUGUUUAAAUAAAAAGCUUAUUGCCAUUGA